AUGCUGAUAAUGGUUGCUGGCGUCACGGUCUUUGCAGAGGGCCUGGCCGGCAAUGUACAGAAGGGAUUUGGCAUGGGCUCCAAGAAGAUCACUCCGGUGGAGGAGGUGAACACGACCUUCGAGGACGUGAAGGGCUGCGAUGAGGUCAAGGAGGAGCUGCAGGAAAUCAUCCUCUACCUUCGUGACCCGGAUCGCUUCACCCGGCUUGGUGCGAAGCUUCCGAAAGGCGUGAUGAUGUCCGGCUCGCCGGGCACAGGCAAGACGCUGCUCGCCCGGGCCAUUGCUGGCGAGGCUGGCGUCCCCUUCCUGCAGGCAUCGGGAUCGGAAUUCGAGGAGAUGUUUGUCGGAGUGGGUGCCCGGCGCAUUCGAGACCUCUUUCAAGAGGCCCGCAAGCAUGCGCCCUGCAUCGUGUUCAUCGACGAGAUCGACGCUGUGGGCUCCAAGCGCUCCAACCGGGACAACACCGCAGUCAGGAUGACUCUGAACCAGCUUUUGGUGGAGAUGGACGGCUUCGAGAACAACAAUGGAGUGGUUGUCAUUUGUGCAACGAACUUCCCGGAGUCCCUCGACAAGGCCCUCACUCGGCCUGGGCGCUUGGACCGGCAGAUUGUAGUGCCCAUCCCGGACCUCAAGGGCCGCAUGGAGAUUCUGGAGAUGUAUGCUUCCAAGUUGAUCCUGGACGAACAUGUGGACCUGCGAACCCUCGCUCGGCGGACUGCGGGGAUGACAGGUGCCGACUUGGCCAACAUCCUGAACAUCGCAGCCGUUCGCUCCUCCGCCGACAACCUGCCUUGUAUUCCGACGAAGUACCUGGAGGAAGCGUUCGACCGAGUAGUCGUAGGCCUCGAAAGGCGAAAUCCCAUGAGCGAGCAAGAGAAGACGCUGACUGCGUAUCACGAGGGCGGCCACACGCUGGUCUCUAUUGGCAACUCGGGGGCGGACCCGGUGCACAAAGCGACCAUCAUGCCUCGUGGAAAUGCCUUGGGAGUCACUUGGAGCAUUCCCGAGAGGGAGAAGUACUCGGAAAGGCUAUUCGAGCUUCAGGCACGUCUGGAUGUCCUGAUGGGUGGCAAAGCUGCAGAGGAGCUCAUCUUCGGGCCAGAGAAUGUAACUGCUGGCUGCACGUCCGACCUGCGGCAGGCGACAGGCUUGGCCCGGCGAAUGGUCAUGAACUUCGGCAUGGCAGGCGGUAAGGAGGCUGGCCUCCUCUCACUAGACGUGGACGAGUAUGCAGUCCUCUCUGACGAGGCCAAGCAGAUUAUCGACCACAAGACCCAGUCACUUCUGAACGAUGCCUAUCAUCGAGCCUCCGAGUAUCUCAGGACACACCGCGACGAGCUCCACCAUCUAGCGAAGGCUCUGAUCGAGUACGAGACUCUCAGCGCUGAGGAAAUCCAGCUAGCGAUCAAGGGGCAGGCGCAGGACAUUGGCGGCCGCCGGAAGCAGGAGGCGGAGACGACGAAGAAGGAGAUGGAAAAUCUCACGCCGAAGGAGGGGGCGAAGGUGCCAGCGCGGCCGGAGCCAAAAAAGGCGCCCAAAACCUUCGAGGCGCAACCUGCAGAAGAGUGA